UCGUUUGAUGGGGGGCGGGUUUAAAUACGAGUGGAAGCCAUCUUGAACGUUUGGUUGACAAGACUUCUUCGCAGUCGGCUAAAAGAAAAAUUGCACACCUUACAAACACCGCAUAGAGAACCGAUUAUUGGAGUUAUCCAAGGGUUGAAGAAACCUGGGAGGAAGCAGAGGCUAAUUGCCUGUACACAAGAUGGCUAGAUAAACAGUCUGCCCAUACUUAACAGCUAGCUAAGGCUUCUGCAUUACGAUAUUCCAUAUGACGAUGGCAGAUUAUUUAAAUGUAAAGAACUAAUUUCCUCAGAAAUUCGCGUUUACAGCAGAUCUGAUAAUUAAAUGGGGUAUUUGUUUAUUUUGACGUUUGAUGUACGCAAAACUGCAACGUUGUUGAAUCUGCCGUCAUAGGAUCAGAAUAAUUUGAAUUUGGAUAAACCGUAAAGUCUUGCAUUUUGAGUGCUUGCAGCAGACUGGACUCACUUCAUUUAGACUGUAAAAUAUUUCAUUGCUAUUGAAACAAAAGACAAGUAGACAUGAGUACCGCCAGGACAGAGAACCCAGUGAUUCUGGGCUUGUCCAACCAGAAUGUACAGCUCAGAGGCUCAGUUAAGCCUGUUGUAGCACCCGGUGGAGGUGGAGCAGGCCCUCCACAACAGCAACUUAAUCAGAUGAAGGGUGCAAUCAACAACGGUAAUUCCCAACUGGCCGAGACAACUAAUGCUGUCAAGCCUGGAGAUGACUGGAAGAAAAGUUUGAAGUUGCCCCCAAAAGACAUGAGGAUGAGAACUUCGGAUGUGACUGCAACUAAAGGCAACGAGUUUGAAGAUUAUUGCCUAAAGAGGGAGCUUCUCAUGGGAAUCUUUGAGAUGGGCUGGGAAAAGCCAUCUCCAAUUCAGGAGGAAAGCAUUCCCAUCGCACUUUCAGGAAGAGAUAUCUUGGCCAGAGCCAAAAAUGGCACGGGAAAGAGUGGAGCCUACCUCAUUCCCUUACUUGAACGCAUUGACCUCAAGAGGGACUGCAUACAAGCUAUGGUCAUAGUGCCGACCCGAGAACUGGCUCUGCAAGUAAGCCAAAUAAGUAUCCAGGUCAGCAAACACAUGGGCGGAGUAAAGGUAAUGGCAACUACAGGUGGAACCAACCUACGUGAUGACAUCAUGAGACUCGAUGAAACAGUACAUGUGGUCAUUGCCACUCCUGGGAGAAUUCUAGACCUGAUCAAGAAAGGAGUGGCCAAAGUCAAUCAAGUGCAGAUGGUUGUUCUUGAUGAAGCUGACAAACUCCUGUCUCAGGACUUUGUGGUUAUGAUGGAGGAAAUGCUGGGCUUCCUUGCCAAACAGAGGCAAAUCCUGCUUUAUUCUGCAACCUUCCCCAUCAGCGUUCAGAAGUUCAUGAACGCUCACUUGCAGAAGCCCUAUGAGAUAAACCUGAUGGAGGAGCUUACACUGAAGGGGGUGACUCAGUAUUACGCUUAUGUAACUGAAAGGCAAAAGGUCCAUUGUCUUAACACCUUGUUCUCCAGGCUCCAGAUCAACCAGUCUAUAAUCUUCUGCAACUCUUCUCAGAGAGUGGAACUCCUUGCAAAGAAGAUCUCCCAGCUUGGUUAUUCAUGUUUCUACAUUCAUGCCAAGAUGAGACAGGAGCAUCGCAACCGUGUGUUCCACGACUUCAGAAAUGGCCUCUGCCGGAAUCUUGUCUGCACUGACCUCUUCACAAGAGGAAUUGACAUACAAGCUGUGAAUGUUGUGAUCAAUUUCGACUUUCCCAAGCUGGGAGAAACGUACCUUCAUCGCAUUGGUAGAUCUGGCCGCUUUGGACACUUGGGUCUGGCCAUAAACCUCAUCACGUACGAUGAUCGCUUCAACCUAAAGGGGAUUGAGGAGCAGCUGGGAACAGAAAUCAAGCCCAUCCCCGGGAUCAUCGACAAGAGCCUAUAUGUGGCAGAGUACCACAGUGAGAGUGGUGAAGAAAUCAAGCCAUGAGCCAAUCAGUCCAACCUCGAUUCCCCUUUGUACCUUUUUUCCCCUUCAUCCCCCUGUCUUGGAGCUCUUUUUCAUUUUUUAUGUAGUUUGUCAGUCUUCCUGUUUUGGAGGCCACCAUAAGGAAUCUGUGAUUUGAUGGGAUGCGUUUCAGAAGAACUCAAUUGCCUUUUUAUAGGGCUCUGAGCUGCACCAACACACCCUGAAGACCUAAGCACCAGGAGGAAAGCAUGGGACCAAGUCAAAAAUGUACAUUGUGAAGAUUCAUAUCCACCAAGGUUGCAAAGCCAGCACCAACAGACUGCUAUAUGACAUCAUCCAUUCUCCAUGUUUUUAUUUUGGGAAGUUUUAACCAAUUUGUAUCAAGUGCCUUAACAAGCAGAUCGACUCGUUCUAAAGUAAUAACCCUUCAUUCUCCGCAUCUCGCUCACGUCACACCACUCAGUCACCUAGUUAUAAAUUUGUUACACUAAUUUAAUGUCUGAUCACAUAGGUGAAUUCAUAGCAUUCAUUUGUUUUGUUUUUCUUUGGUUACGUCAUCUAUUUGCGACAGAAUGGAGGUAAUUAGGAGGGAAGCCGGUCUGAAUGACCUUCCUUUGCUGGCUUUGCUGCACACUUGAGUCUGGCUGACAAACUUGGAUGUUCCAUGGACAGAGAUGCUGGAUUUUGUUCCAAGAGACAGCCAGACUGUCCAGUUGCUUGAGUGGAAGCUCGUGCUUCUAAAAUACCCAGAACCUUUCCUCUUGUCUUCAUCAUCGGAACACUAAAAACGAGCAGCCUCUCAAUGCCACGUGUCAUGAAGAUUCCUGUUCUGGUGGAGUUUAAUUGUUGGGAGCACAUUUUUCUUUUUUUGUCCUUUGUUUCACCUUCCUAUGGAUGGCCAUACUUUAUUCUGCGAGAUGUGUAGCCAACAUGUCGGCUGCACCUUAAAUCCUGUGUAUAUACCCUCAUUUUAAGAUUGUUUUAAACAAAUUCAAAAGGCUGGCCAACAAACUGAAAAUACCCCCCCCCCCUCCCCCUCUUAGCACUGGACUGUUUUCUUAACUUUGUUUGAUCUGCAAUAUUGGCCUGUGAAUUUAUUUAUGAUUUUCGAAAUUGCAGAGUUUAUUGGAAUUCCAAAGAGCUUUUGCCUGAAAUUUAUUUUGGAGGCAGAGUUCACUGAUAAUCUUUAGUCCCUACAAUUGUUGCCCGUAUUCUCCUGCUAUCAGUGUUAAAAAAGUGUUCAGUCAAAACGGACGAUUUUGUCAAUCUUGUGCAUUUGAGUAAUGAAUUCUUAGUCACCAGCCUUAACUUGUGAAACCGAGUCUCGAGACGCACUCGAAGAUUUGUUGUAGAAAUUGGUCUUAUUGGAAGAGAAAACAAUAUUCUAUCAUGUAGUAGUACUACUUGUUUUCGCAGUGCAGCCAAAUUGGCAGAAUUUAUUUUCCGGGGGAGGUAUUGGCUGUUACUCUGUAAGCACAGCUCCAUUACUUCACAAAUGGUGAAGCUGUGCAUUUCUGCCCCCCGCCCCCUUUCCCCCUUUUGAAGAAUUUUUGCCAAAUGCAUCAAAAUGAACCAUCUGACCUAAAAUGUGGCAGCAAUUCACUCUGUGCAUUGCAAGCUGGCUGGCUUGAUUUACACCCAGCUAGCACAAGAUGGUUAAUUUAAAAGCGCAGAGAGAUGGUUCAGUAAAACUGACUGCUUCUUUUUGUACACCCAUAAUGCCCAAAUGGGAGAAAAGUGUGAUGCAGAUUUAAAAAACAAAACAAUGAAUGGCAGAGGGAAUUGGCACGAAGGAUUGCAUAAUACAAUUAGUCGGACUGCUUGUUUAGAAAAUACUGGGCACCUCAGACUGCUGAGUUCAUGGCUUGUUUCUCUGCCCUUGUUUAUUUUGGGUUUUGGAAUAUAUUUUGCGUUUUUAUGCAAUAUAAUAACCUUGUUCUGCAUUGAGGUCCUCUGACGACCCGUUUGAUCAGCUGAAUUCUUGCAAAUGAGGUUCCCUUUGUUAUGGUGAGAUGCUCUAAACUCUAAUCAAUGAGAAGUAGUAUUGCUCAUUUCUUAGUGACUGUUUAUCAGUUUCAAAAUCCCCGUUCUGUUUCUCAUUGGUUAGAACUGAUCCCUGUUCUCUCGACUCUAUUGUCCCCUGAAUACGUGUACACCUAAUUUGGCCUGGUUUGGGUGGGAGGGCUGUCUUAAACGCAUUAUAAAUUACGUGAAACAUUAGUUGAGUGAGCAGGGAUCUAAUUGUGCAGGAGCCUGGCAGCUGCCUGUUGUCAGCCGCUGGUAGUAAAGCACCACAGCUUGCACAGCAAAAAUUGACUACGCCUCAAGAUUUACCGUAUUGCUGCUUCUUGAUGGACUGCUGCUUUACUGCCAGCAGCUGCCUUGUGAGAACCUUAAAGACUGAGACAAGAGCAUCUUGCCCCUUAAAUGGCAACUUAAUUGGUUUAGUUGGUAACUUAAAUUGUCUCAUUCUUUAAGGUUUUUUUUUUUUGUUCAAUUGGUGGGGUGGCUAAAUUAAUGCUCUUGCUGCCCUGAUGCACGUGUUCAUCCUUCCCUGAUGGUUCUGAAACUAUAACAUCUUGUGUAUAAUCUGGCUGAGGAUGUGAGAAUUUCUUUUAGAACUGGUGCAUCAGUAAAAUAUGGGGAGGAGCCUUUUGGCAAUAAAACAAGACUCAAGUUAUGUUAAUGGGUAUAAAAAGGUUUGAUAAAUUGCCCUGGAUACAUUUUCUUUCUUUUUCAAAUGAAACGUUCAAGUGGAGUUAACCUUGUUUAAAAGUCUCCAAGUUUAAGAAAGAAUUUAAAGACUCGGUUCAUAUUCUAUUUAAAAUUUGGUCGUUAUUUAAUUGGCAAAUUCUUCAGUGAUUCUAAAUUUACAAUGAUUUGAGUUUGACAAAUGUCAUAUUGGAUUCUAUUAAGUUUUGUUGAUAAUAAAGAUCACUGAAAUUUA